UUAACCGAAACCCUUGCCACAAGGGUUCUGGUGUUCGAUCCCUUCUCGAUGAGAAGCGACAAUUUUUGAAGCAGAAGUGAGAGAUCGUGAGAGGAUGCAAAAAAGCGAUGAGAUUCUUCACGCCAGGCGCUGCGAAAGCCUCCAUCAAAUUCAGGAUGCCAACAGCGGAGAAUCUUGUGCCCAUCCGGUUGGAUAUUGAUGUCGAUGGGAAUCGCUUCAAGGAUGCCUUCACCUGGAAUCCCAGUGAUCCUGAUUCAGAAGUGACCAAUUUUGCUAAAAGGACUGUGAAGGAUCUCAAAUUACCAUCAACAUUUGUGGCGCAUAUUUCUCAAUCCAUUCAAAACCAAUUGUCAGAAUUCCAUUCAUUUGAAGGUCAAGAAAUGCAAAUCAAGGAGAAAAUUGUGCCUAUCAAGAUUGAUCUACGUGUUAACAACACCGUAAUAAGAGAUCAGUUCUUGUGGGACAUUAGCAACUUAGAAAGUGAUCCUGAAGAGUUUGCGCGAACUUUCUGCAAAGACAUGGAUAUUGGAGACCCGGAAGUUGGACCAGCAAUUGCAGUUUCGAUAAGGGAGCAGCUUUAUGAGAUUGUAACUCAAUCAGUUUCUUCAGCCAGAGAGACCAGAAUAGGGAAAAAGGGCCGACGAGCAUCAGAUACUCUCACAAACAGUAAAGCGGGCAUCACUAUGGACUUAGGGAAGCUAUUUGGCAGUAAAGGAAGUGUUGUUCGAAAAAGGAAAGAAUGGUAUUUAUAUGAACCCAUUGUCGACAUUUUGUCAAACGAGGAGGUCGGGGCUCUUGAUGCAAGGGAAGAACUAAAUGCGCGUUUGAAGAGAAAGUUGGAUGAAAAAGACGAGAGCUUUCAGACGCGCUAUUCUCAUGGUUGAACCAUGCCAGUGAUAAUGGCCACAACCUGUUGAAGGUUUUCUCCCCUGCAAGAGCAAGGUUAGCAACUCUGACAGGAAAAACGACUCGUGGACAAGCUUCUGUGGCAUUAUAAGUUUUAUAUGUUGAAAUCGAGAAUGUUUUGACAAACUAAACGUGUUCAGAUGUAAAAGCUGUAGGAUGAUUUGUUUUGAGGUGCUUGAAAUUCUCAUGAAGAAUACCAAAACUAUUCUCCAUAAUCACUUGUUUUGAGGCA